GCUUAGGAAAUUGCAAGUAAGAUUUGGAGUGUAGAAUCAGGUAAGUGAGUGAUGCAAUGGAUAUGGUUGGAAUGCUGCUGUGGAUGAUGUUGUUGAGGAUGGGAGAACCGGGAGCCGGGCGGGGCUUUAUAUGGUGCAGAGACAGCUAUUUUAAGCGGGUGGCAGGGUGGCCUCGCCUGGAAUCCGACUUUGCGGGGGGAUCGGCACGCCCAACGCCGAUCCCUUCGCGAGCGGGCGGCCCCGAUGAUGCAACGAGCAGGUUGGCUGGUCCGUCGUCAACCUAAAUCCCGCAUCUCAUGGAGCUGUUCCAGCAAUCAUCUACCCAGUUGAUGAAGGGUUCCGUGGCAGCCUGGCUGCCACGGAAUGAGCGCUGGCCAGUUGUCGCGCGGAGGCUGGGAGCGGCCAGGCCGACCAUGUCUCACUUUCCCCCGGGGCCAAGCCCGUCUGACGGUCUCACCCGGCCGCCCGCCAACCCUGCAGACGAUGCAAUGCGGUGUGCACUCGACGAUCAGCAACACUAUCGAUCCCAUCGACUCCACUCCGGCCCAGAGUCCGCCACCACCCACCCGUCCGGAUUCCGUGGAGCGGACGGACAACCGGUUCACAGAACCAGCUGGCACCGUCCUAACAAUAGCAACCAUGAAUCACCGACAAACGACGAACAAAGGACAAAGAAGAGCGUGGCAACGUUCCCACGACAGGUGUGAGAUGGGUCCGUCAGCAGUCCAUCUGCGGGCCUCGGGAUGCAGCUCGAUGUAUGCUGCCCGGCCUAUCACCCGCCCAGCUAAGAAUAGACCCGAUGCGUCCCAGAGGCUUGUCACACGCCCCAGCCAUCCCCCGCCGUCAUCCCCACGGUCGCAUCGUGCAUACAACACGGCAGCACCUGUCCACUGUACUGACGUGGUCCGUGGCGGUGCCCCCGACUCAGCAGCAGCUCCCGCGCCCCUCCGCCGUCAACCCAUGUCUCGGAGUCGCCGGGGUCAAGCAAUCAGGAGGCACUCACUGCCUUCGGUUCUGCGUCCCAGAGUCAUCAGUCGUCCCUCAUCACCAGCAGCACCGAUGGCCCGGUUGAGAAUCGUGCAGUCCACUGCAGGUCAUCGUGAUGGCCAUCCCCGGGCAAUCCUCCAGGCUAAUUUCCAACCCACCACCGUCAUCACCCCAGCCUCCCAACUGCCACCCGGCCAUAGUCGGCAGUCUUCGGGAAGGGUGCAGAAACUCCCCCCAGUGAAAGGUCGAGGGGGAUGACAGGAUCGGGGAGGUUUCUUAGGGCCGCUGAUGUAUGGUGACUAGGGUUUAUUCCUAGGGUUUAGAGUCCAUCCGCCCGUGGUCCUCUCCGUUGACUCACUGACCUCAGUCCGUGAGGACGACGGAG